GGCCGGGCUGCAUUUUUCCUGGUGGCAAAUGACCAAGUGAGCAGCAGGGAGAUCUUGUCUUGCUCGCUCCCUUCAUCUCCAACCCAUCCACCUGGUAGUGGAGAGGCAGCUCGAAUGGGCAGAGUCGAAGCUAGAGAAAGAAAUAUGAGCCACCUGGACUCCUCCGAGGGAGAAGCUGAGCAUCUCCAGCACUUGGGAUGGUAUCAUGGUAAUCUCACUCGCCAUGCAGCAGAAGCACUUCUUCUCUCAAAUGGAAGUGAUGGAAGUUACCUCUUAAGGGAUAGUAAUGAGAAGACCGGUCUAUACUCUCUUUCAGUGAGAGCCAAAGAGUCUGUCAAACACUUCCACGUAGAAUACACAGGCUAUUCGUUCAAGUUUGGCUUUAAUGAGUUCUCAAGUUUGAAGGAGUUUGUCAAUCAUUUUGCCAACCAGCCUUUGAUUGGGAGUGAAACAGGCACCUUGAUUGUUCUGAAACAUCCCUAUCCACGCCAAGUGGAAGAACCAUCCAUCUACGAAUCGGUCAGGGUUCACACAGCAAUGCAGACUGGAAGGACAGAGAGUGACCUGGUACCCACAGCUCCUUCACUGGGCACCAAAGAAGGAUACUUAACAAAACAAGGAGGACUAGUGAAGACUUGGAAAACCAGGUGGUUCACUUUGCACAGGAAUGAACUGAAAUAUUUCAAAGACCAAAUGACACCAGAGCCAAUUAGGACACUAGAUCUAACAGAAUGCUCGGCUGUGCAAUUUGAUUACACACAGGAAAGAGUCAACUGUUUCUGCUUAGUAUUUCCAUACAGGACUUUUUACUUAUGUGCAAAAACAGGAGUAGAAGCGGAUGAGUGGAUUAAGAUACUACGAUGGAAAAUGUCCCAAAUAAGGAAGCAGCUGGGGCAGGAUGGUGGCACCAUGAGGUCUCAGUCCUUCUUUUUUAAGCAGCCCCUUCCUGGCAAGUGAUGCCUGUUCUUCCCUAGAGGCAGGCUGUUCCACAAUGUUGUAAAUGCUGGAUGGACUUACAAGGAAAUCUAACUCCAAGGACAAAGAACGGAUGCCUGGUUGGGUUCUUUGACAGUAUGACAGACACAUCGGCUGAGGGAUGGAAGUGGCUGUCCUGUUCAGAUACUGCUAUCUCCUGGAGUUGGCACACCCAAUCAUCGUUUUGGUGGAAACAUGCAUUUGAUAAUAAUAAAAAUAGCUCACUUUGAUACAGCGCUUAAAGUUUUGCAAAGCGCUCAACACAUCUCUCAUUUCAUUCUUGUAACACUCCUGUGAAGUAGGUGCUACCAACCUCCCCAUUUUUCAGAUGAGAAAAUUGAGGCUCUGAGAAGUUAUGUGACUUGCCCAGAUUCAUUCAGUCAUUUGUCUGAGGCAGAAUUUGAACUUAUGCUACACAACGUUCGUUGCCUUAAAACUUUGGAUGCCUAUAGUGAUUUGUCACGACAAAAAUUUCUCCAGUCGAGUUCUUUUCUUUCUAGUUAUAAUUGCCAAGCCUGAAGAAUUAUAGUCAACGUGUUUUUGUAGGCAGUUCAUCUACUACCUCUUAUCUGGGAAUAUGCUACUUUGGGGAACAUAAGUUUUUUCCUUUCAGUGAAGUUGUUGGUCAGCUGCGUCCAACUCUUCAUGACCCAAUUUGGGGUUUUCUUGACAAAGACACUGGAUCGAUUUGCCAUUUCCUUUCAGUACAAUAAACAUCCAUUGAGCACCUACUGUGUUCUGAGAACUGUAAUGGGAACUGGAAUAGAUAUAAAAAAUAUUCUUUUGAUAAAAAACACAAACAUUUUCAAAAAUUAUAUCCCAAAAGAUAACACAAGUAAGUUUAUAGCUUUGAGUGCUACUGCAUUGUUUUUUUGUAAGUAUGGUAAAGCAAAACAAAGCAAAAGAAACACUUUUUUGUGCUUUUCUAUGGGUUGUCUAUACAGUGGGAAAGUAUAGUGUUGGAAAUUAAUAAAUUAAGUAGCAUGUUGCUGGAACUUGACUAUGUCAAAAACAUCAUGGUAGACACUCCUUGACUCAGGCCAACAGAAAUCUCAAGGAUUUCUUAUUAUUUAGAGUUCCCUCUUCAGUGUGGCAUGGUGGAAAGUGCAUUAGUUCAGGAAUCUGGAUCUGGGUUCAAAUCCUGGUUAAUGUCUACGUAGUCUUGGGCAAGGGACUUAUCUCUCUGGGCCUGUUUCCUCCUCUGUAAAGUGAGAUUGGCCAGGUGAGGUCCUUUUGAACUCUAAAGACCCUACAACCUUAGUUUUGGUAUUAACCCAAAGACACUGGAAUAGAAUUCCUAAGCAUUUACAGCCUUGUGGCACAGGAAUUUGUCCACAAUGCACCUGACUACAAAGAGCUCAAACCCAAUUUGCUGUACCAUUGACGGUACUUGCAAUAUCAAGAGAUUUACAAUAAAAACAGGCACACAGAAUGCUUUAGAGCUAAGAAAAAGCAGAACGAACUGAGUGAGGAGGGAAUAGAGAGAGAAAAUGUCGGAUUUAUAGUCCUGGGCAUUCACCUCACCCUUUGUAAAGGAGGGGCCUCCAUGUCGUCCUCUAUAAAGUGAAGGUGUUGACCCAGAUUUCAAAUUCUCAUAUUCUAUGAUUCUUAAAGUUCUAUUGAAACAAAGCUCAUAGGUUAAGACUCUAGCCCUUUGUAUUCAGUGUGACACUUUCCUUUAUCUAGGUACCAAUCUCAAGGUGAAUUCUGGAAUGAAAAGAUUUUAGUCCAGGGGAGUCUUGCUCAGCCUGUACCACUGAAACCCGCUGUGAGGGAGGCCAGGUUGUAUUUGAAGGUCGUUGUUACCUCCUACUAUUAACACCCUGAGAGGGACACAUGAGGACCCAGCCUGUAGGGAAUGUUGGAUUCUGCACAGUAAAGCAAAGUUCCAAUGAGGUUUUGUUGUACUACAGCGGAUGCUACGAGAUAAAGCAGAUGUUCAAGAUGUACUCAAUUGGGUGAGACUACAAAGUACAAGAAAUCGAGCAAGCAUGGAUGUAUAUUCACAGAGAAGUUAGCCUUUUUUUUUUUAAACAUCUAGUUGAUCAGGUCAAAAAGGGAUGAUUUUUAUGUGGGCCAUAGUAUUUUAGAAUUAACUGUUUGCUGUUUUUAUAGGAUGUUAUGUAUUUAUUUAUAUACUUUUACUUGGCUUAUUAAAAAUAGAAAUAUUUUCCAACGUGUGCUGACUUUGUUUUUAGUAUUUAGUGAUUAAAAAUAUAACUGAUGACAAUUUACAUCUUAUG